UGGUCGCCUGUGAGCCGCUGCCGUUGGAAGCCAACCUAUGUAGCAGAUUUUGUUCCUUUACCCGGUGCAUACAGCUUUCUAAUCUGUCUGGCACAAUGACCACCAUAGUCCAUGACACCACUGAAGCAGUGUGCCUCUGUGCUGAGUACAACUUACACCUCAAGCCGAUAGCCAAAAUUACCAUCAGCGUUGCGCUCCCCCAGCUAAAGCUGCCGGGCAAGAGUAUCUCUAAUUGGGAGGUAAUGGAGAGGGUGAAGGCCAUGGUUUCCCCUGAGCAAUUUUCAGCCCUGCGUAUCUCCAAGAGCACCAUGGACUUUAUUCGCUUCGAGGGUGAGGUGGAGAACAAGGGAGUGGUCAAGAGCUUACUAGGCCGCCUGGAUGGAAAGAGCAUCAAACUCAGCGGCUUCACCGAUAUACUAAAGGUACGUGCAGUUGAGAAUAAGGUGGACUUUCCAACACGUCACGACUGGGACUCUUUCUUCCGUGAUGCCAAGGACAUGAAUGAGACACUGCCAGGGGAAAGGCCUGACACCAUCCACCUGGAGGGGCUUCCCUGCCGUUGGUUCAGCCAGAGAGACAGCCAGCAUCCAGACCGACCCUCUGAGGAGGUUCUCACAACCGUCUUCCAGUGCUUUGGACAGGUACGAAACGUGGACAUCCCUAUGCUGGACCCCUAUAGAGAGGAAAUGCUUGACAAGAACUUCAGUACAUUCAGCUUUGGGGGCCACCUGAACUUCGACGCCUAUGUCCAGUACCAGGAGUACUGUGGUUUUACCAAGGCAAUGGACACUCUGCGUGGCAUGAAGCUGAUGUUCAAGGGAGAGGAUGGCAAGGCAGUGGCCUGCAACAUCAAGGUUGCCUUUGACACGAGUAAGCACCUGAGUGAUUUGGCUCUGAGGAGAAGGGCCCAAGAAAGGCUGAAAUUAAAAGAGCUUGAGAGACAGAGGGAGGAGCAGAAACGACGGGAGAAAGAGGAGGAAGAGAGGCGUAAGGAGGAGGAGAGGAAGCAGAAGGAGCAGGAGGAGCAGGAAAAAGAGAGGAAGAGGGAGGAGAGGUUACGUAAGCGAGAGCAGAAGCUGCGGGAGAGAGAGGAGAGGAGGAACCUGAAGAGGGUGAAGCGUCGCCAGGAGGAGGAGCAGAAGAAGCUACAGGUGAAGAUAGCCAUGGAGGAGCGGAGGCUGCUGCUGGCUCAGCGCAACCUGGAAUCCAUACGGCUUGUUGCAGAGCUGCUGGCCAGGGCAAAGGCUCUGAAACAGCAGCAGCAGGAGAAGGAGAGAGCAGAGCGUGUCGAGCAGGAGAAGCAGGAGCAGGCUCGUCAGAGGGAGGAGUUGGCCCGUCUUCAGGAGCUGGAGGCCUGCCGACGCAGGCAGGAGGAGGAGCUCCGGAGAGUGGAGGUAGAGAAAGAGCGGGCCUUGGAGCUUCAGCGCCGAGAGAAGGAGCUGAGAGAGAAACUACUAGGUAACUUGUUGAAAAAGAGCAGUGGGGAAACCACAAGACCACCAGGCACCGGGGGCCAAGGUGAAGCUGUGUCAAGGGACGAAACCCCUAAUCUGGCCAGUGGUGAUGGAAUCAUUGGGGUCCUUGGUCCAGUGAAUGGAGUUAAGGGGGCUGGUGCUAAAGAGCUUCAGCCGCCUAACAUCUGCCCUCAAGUUCCUGAGAAAAAGAGAGCAGCUGAUGGGAGAGAGGAGAGGAGAGAUGAGAGGAGAGAGGCUGGGGCAAGAGUCAGAGGAGACAGCAAGCGCAGCAGAGAAAGAUGGAGCGAGAGGAGCCACUCACAAAAAGAGAGGAGGUCCCAUGGCAGGGGCAGGAAGGGGCACUUCAGCAGCCACAGCAGGAGGAGGAGCUAUAGCCACAGGAGGAGUUCCAGCCGCCGUAGGAGGAGCUACAGUCACCACGGCAGCAGGAAGCGUAACCAUCGCCAUAGCAGCUCAAGUUCCAGCUGUGAUAGAAGCCGGAGCAGCAGUGGAAGUAGCUACAGCAAGAGGAGGAGCAACAGGCGGCACGACCAUAGAUACAGCAGAAGCAGCUCCAGAAGCACUCCUAGAAUGAAAGACAGGAGGAGCCACAGUCAUGACAACCAAAGACACAGGUGGUAUAGCCGUAGUUACAGCAGGGACAGGAGUCACUCCAGACGACAUUAAACUCUGAAUCUGUCGGUCUAUUUACGUACAGGUUCUGCUCAUCGAGCUGUGUACCAGCAUCUGAUGUCAUAUGACAGAUGAGUUUGUUUUUUUUUCCUUCAUUUAUGUUGCAACUUUUUUCCCUUUGCAUAUUAACAUCAUUUGGCCUUUGAAAUCAUGUAAGUACACAGACCCUGCCUGAACUUAGAAAAGUUCUUGUGGUUUAGUAGUGAUAGUGUUUAAACUUUCCCCUCUGAUAGCGUGACAGUGCAAAAUACAGAAGGAAUGUAUUGCUAAAAUGUUAUAAACAUGAGACAUAGGGUUGCACUAACGUCAG